CGAGCCUGUCGGACGUACGGCGCAGAGGGCCACUAUGACCCCUGCAGUGACCCCGAAGAAGAGACCUCCGCCUCCCCCUGGACUGCUAAUGAUUGGUCGUGUGCAGCAUCUACAGGAUGAUUGACAGCUGCUCCUCCUGAACCCCAGGAUGCCUGUGGUGCCAGUGGGCGGGACAUCCUCCUCCCACCACGUCGUACCUGUCGCUCUCACCUGCUCCUGGCUGCUCCUGCUCUUCCACGCCGCCUUUGGACAGAAACCCGCCAAGCUGCCUCUGAUUGGCCGGAAGCCUUUCAUUGCUGCCUGGAAUGCCCCGUUGGACAUGUGCACCAUCAAAUACAAUGUCACCACCAACGCUGACCGCCUCUUCCACAUCCACGGGAGCCCACGUGCUGAUUGGACGGGGCAGAAUGUUACGAUUUUCUACGCCAACCGGCUGGGCUACUACCCCCACUACACGCCGCAGGGCACCGCUGUGCAUGGCGGCCUGCCGCAGAACUGCAGCCUGGACCAGCACCUGUUCAAGGCCUACCAGGACAUCAACCACUUCAUCCCCUCAGAGGACUUCCGUGGCCUGGCCGUCAUUGACUGGGAGUUCUGGCGGCCUCAGUGGAGCCGAAACUGGCACAAGAAGGACAUCUACCGACGCAAGUCGAGGGAGCUGACCGCCAAAGCGUAUGUCAAUGUGACAGCAGCACAGGUGGAGGAGCUGGCACGGCGGCGGUUUGAAAAGAGCGCCAAGGCGUUCAUGCAGAGGACUAUCCAGCUGGGGACACGCCUUCGCCCCAACGGCCUCUGGGGUUUCUACCUCUACCCCGACUGCCACAACUACAACCUGCACGAGCAGAACUACACGGGCUUGUGCCCUCUGCUGGAGAGGCUGAGGAACGACGAGCUGCAGUGGCUGUGGAACAGCAGCACGGCGCUCUUCCCCUCCGUGGCGAUCAGGAAAACUCACACCAACAGCAUCAGCAACCUGCACUUCUCCCAGCACAGGAUCCGAGAGUCGCUCCGCAUUGCCUCACUGACCUCCAAGGAGUACGACCUCCCCACUUAUGUGUACCUGCGGCUGGGCUACCGAGACGAGGCCCUGGCCUUCCUCACCAUGAAAGACUUGAUCCACACCGUCGGGGAGAGCGCUGCUCUGGGAGCUGCAGGAUUCGUCAUCUGGGGGGACCUGAACCUGACCUCAUCCAGGCAUAACUGCACCAAGGUGAAAACCUUCCUGAGCCACCGCCUCGGCCUGUACAUCACCAACGUGACACGUGCCGCUGAGGUCUGUAGUGACUUCCUGUGCCAGGGGAACGGCCGCUGCAUCCGUCGGGACCCCCUCGCCCAUCAUUACCUCCACCUGAGUGCCUCCAGCUAUCACAUCCGGCCCACUGACAACGGGGACUUUACUGUCACUGGGUGGCACUCGCAGCAUGAACUGGAGCUGCUGACGGAGAGGUUUCGCUGCCACUGCUACGAAGGCCACGAGGGCGAGCGCUGCGACAGCAUCAACAAAGUGAAGGAGGAUGACGGGCCGUGGAGGGAGGAGGAGGAGGAUGAGCAGGAGAGGCGGAGGACAGAGUGGGAGGAUGAGCAGGGUGAAGGGUGGGAGGGAGGGGAGAGUGAGGCGCCGCUGAUCGGCUGCAGCCUUCACCUGAUGGUGCUGAUGCUCCUGUUGAACUUAUGGUUAGUAAAGACGGUCGUAUGAUGCACUCUGACUAAAGGAGGAGUCACAAAUGUUACUUUUCAACACACAGGCAGACAGACAGGUCGUUGGUUGGAUUUGAACUGAGAACGUAACCGUUUCACCCGAUGCACCAGCAGCAGCAGCCGCUUUAAAAGAUUUACCAAAUGUAUCCAUGAAUCUAGUGAAAGUUUUUUACUAAACAAUUAUCAUUUUUGCUGCUUCCGUUUUUGCCCAAUAACACAAACUAACUGAUGGAGGCAGCAGGAGACCAGCAGCUCCUGUGUUCAGCAAUGUUAAAUUACAGUUUUUCAAUGGAGUCUGGCUUUGGAGAGAGCGAUAUAAUGGCUUAAUUUUCCUGUUGGAAAUCGCUUUCUGAAAUUAAGUUAAAGCAAUGAAAGUAUUCUAAAUAUAGCGUACACUUAAACUGAUAACGAUUUCUUUAGGUGCCUGAAAUACGUUUUGUUGCUGACCCCUUCACAGCAGCACAUUGCUUGGCUUCUGUGUCAGUACUGUGGCCUGCUUCUCCAAACUGGGGCAUGCCGACUAUCAUCUACUGUAAGUACCUCAUACAGUCCCACAAAAAAAGAUCUGAACUAUCUCUUUAAUAUUCAGCUGCUGAGUGAGAGAGAAACUAUUAAAGUGAACGGUGUUCAAUGUGAACUCAAAACAGGUGCUGCGUUGAAAAGUAACACGUGUAAAAAAGGAGUGUGAUGGCACUUUACAUGACAGGACAUGAGGUUUGGCAUGUUGACAAAUGAAGGUUUGGUUAAUUCAGUACAAUCAGGUGAACUGUAAUUAACCUAUGCAACAAACCUCCUGCAAAGACUCGAUCAUCCAGCGUCACUGCAGAGCCGAUGGUCUGAUCAGAGGGAUCGUGUUUUAACUGCUCGCUGCAGGAUGACUCUCUAAUUUGUUUUGUGGAGACACAACAGUCAAAUCAUUCAAUAGAAACCAAAGAGUGCUACUACCACUCAGUCAUAUGUAGGAAAAUAAUCACUAACAUUUGGGGGGCUGAUUUGUGGUGGUUUUGAUUUCAGAUGGCACAAAACUUGUUUUUCUCCUCAACAAUAAGCUCUUAUUUUACUUGACAUUAUACAUGAAGUGUGUAUUUUUUUUGAUUUUUUUUUUUUUGUACUGUUGCUUACAUCAUACUCUCGAAAUACGGCAUGUCAGGAAACGCCACAUAUUUGAGCCUGUUGGGACAUGGCGUGCACAUGUUGUAGGUGCUAAUGAUUUCAGAAUAUUAUGUAUCUGUGUCCUCUCUAUAUCGAUAUAAGUAAAGAGGAUCAGGUUUGUUUUUCAGUGAUUACGUAGAGAUUGAUUUCACUAUAUCUCAGUUCGGACGAUUCAGAUCACGCAGACUGUGUUGUCAGUUUUUGAUGAUGUUUCAUCUUGUUGUGACUGAGUGGACCAAAGUGUCUCUGAAGCCGAUGUACAGUACUGUAGGUAUGACGAAACACUGAACAGGAUGUAAAAGACGGCACAUACUGUAUCUGAAUACAUGACUCAGCAGCUCUCUGUGGUUCUGCAGUUCUUUAACACCUACUUGUUACCAAAGAGGAAUCAUCUCCUGCAAAAAUAUGACGAAGUAGAAGACUGCCAUUAGACUGAAGCAGGUUAGAGGGUCUGACACUUUAUACCAAACAGAGUCCACAGAAACUGUUCUCACUGUACUGUUAAUGCCUCCAGUUGGUUUGAUGUUCUGUCUCUUUCUCUGUCUUGAUUAUUGUUUACCUGGACCAAUCCAGGUUUAAUCCAAGAGCAGCUAACUUCAGAAGGAUGCAGGGUUAUUACAGUUAAAGCCCCAGUGUGUCGGAUUCAGGGGGAUAUAUGGGAAGAAAUGGAAAAUAAUCUGAUAAGUCUGUUUCCUUUAGUGUAUAAUCACCUGAAAAUAAGAAUCAUUGUGUUUUUGUUACCUUAGAAUGACACGUCUACACAGGG